CUAAGAAAUUUAUCACGACAAAUUUAAGGGUGACAUUUUAAGUCUGGAUAGACCGACAAUUUAUACAAUCAAACUCGUCAAUUUAUUAAAUCGAAAGCGCCAAUUUAACGGGCAGAAAUCGACAAAAAAAUAAAUAAAUAAAAUCCACCAAUCAUUUACCGAGCGUAUUGUAUAACAGGGUUAACUGAGGAGAUUGAUUUAAAUAAGAUAAACAAUGAAGUUUACCCCAGUAAAAUUAUUUUAUUCUUUUUACUUUUUGAUUUUUAUUUAAUUAUGACCAACAUUAACAACGUCUACAAAUGCAAAUGUUCUGCAAUCUGUUCGAAAAACCCUAACGGUUUUGAUGUAAUUUCAAGAGCCAGUUACUACAACCACAUGAACAACGACAUUCCUUUGUCCAAUGAGGACAACAUUGAUUCUUCAUUUGUUGAAGACAACAUGGAUGUCGAUGAUAGCUACGAGGAUGCUUAUGAUGAAUUUGAGUUCUCUCAAGUUUACGAUGAUUCUAAUGAAGAGGAAUCGAAUGAAGGAGAGGAUCCCUUCACGAGAUUUACAUAUGAAUCAUGUCAUCCAACGGAGCCCUUAGCCUUGGUAUUCUUUAUGACUCUAUUAAUCUUUCAAGGCAAAUACUUGAAUGAAGAAGGCAUUGAGAUUUUGAUGCAAUGCUUUAAUGAGGCAUUAAAGAUUGCCAAGUGUGAGUAUCGUUUCCCUACUCGUGCAAAUACAUUUCGUGAUUGGUGCCAAAUUAGCAAGUUCGUAUGUGGAGGACUACAGCAUUUCGUCAGUUGUAUUACAUGUCAUGCAAUAUACCCGUUUCAAACUGACGAAGAGAAGGAAAGAACUAUGAGCAAGAGAAAAUGUUCUUCAAGAAAUUCUUCUCUUGAAUUCAGCUGGUAGGUGUCACACUCCAUUAUUUGGCAACUUGAUGAAACCACUUUGUUCAUUUUAUUACAAUUCAGUAAUAAAUACUCUCAAGACUUUCUUCCUUCGCGAC